UUGUUUUUUUUUUUUAGAUUAUGAGCAAACUUGGCGUGGGCGAAAGCUGGCGCUUUGUUGACGUGCUGGGGCUGGAGGGGGAGCAACUGUCUGCUGUCCCGAAACCAUGCUGUGCCAUGAUGCUGCUCUUCCCACUUACACAACAGCAUGAGUCUUUCAGAGCUCAGCAGGCGAAUAAGGUUGCAAAAGGCUCUGAAGUUUACUUCCUGAAGCAGAUGGCAUCCAAUUCAUGUGGCACCAUCGCCCUGGUGCAUGCUGUGGCAAACAAUAAAGACAAAUUGAAUUUUGAUGGUGGCUCUGCCUUGAAGAAGUUUCUAGAUGAGACUGCAAACAUGUCCCCUGAUGAUCGUGCCAGUUUUCUGGAGAAAAACAAGGAAAUCUGUGAGGCUCAUAAUGAAGUUGCUAUGCAGGGACAGUGUCGGCCUGAAGCUGACAAAGUCAACUUUCACUUUAUUGCCUUUGUCAACGUAAAUGGAAAACUUUAUGAAUGUGAUGGGAAAAUGAAUGGAGCUGUGAGCCACGGAGCUACCACUGACGGGUCCUUCAUAGCGGAUGCAGCUGCAGUUUGCCAUGGAUUCAUGCAGAGGGAGAAAGGUGAAGUCCGUUUCUCUGCUGUGGCUCUUUGCCAGAGUUAAAUGUGCUGCAAGACUCCAGAUCAGUUAAAUUGUAAACCAAAAUUGCUCCGGGACAUUCACAUGGCACACAUUCAACAGGUCCCCACAGGAAUCUGUGUAUACAUACAUCUGCAGACACUGUGCACUACAAAAGACACAAUUAGCUCUCUCAGCUAAUGAGCAGAGCAUUCUCUAUUAGCACACGCUCGUUCAACCCAAACCCAAGCCCGUUGUUCUGCUAGCACUUAUCAGUACAAGCCUGUCAACUGUUUUUGUGUAACGUUCAGCUUUAAAACAACCUAUGGUCAGCUUUCAUCUGCACAUGUUUUUUAUUUCUAAUAUUUGUGCAUAUAUCACACUAAGACCACUUGAAUGCCUUUUUAAGUAAACAAGGGGAAGACAAAAGUGGAGCAAAACUAUUUAAAGGAAAUGUUCUGUCUUGAUUUUUCUGCCUACCCUCAGUUGCUUUGUGGGUGUCUUUGACAUCUGAGAUUCCUUGCAAAUGUAUCUGUAGGAAUAAUUUAACCAUUGUUUUACAGGAUGUUCAAAUGUUUUGUUUUCUUCUGUGAUACUUUUACAUUUCUCUGGAAAAAAAAAAGCGAGGUUUACUUGUUUGAAGUAAUACAGCAUCAUUUUUCUUUUGGGUCACUGUUCUCGGAUAUUUAAAAAUGCACUUUAUUUGAAAAUGGCUGGUCAGGUAACGAUCCACAAAUGGCUUGGAUAUUGUUCGCAGAUGAUACAGAACAUCUAGCUAAGAAAGGAAUAGUCAUUCAAAUGAAGAGCUUUUGUAUGUUGUGUUGUGCAGCGUGACUACUGCAUCAAAUCUGUGUUUAAUCUGUUUACCUUUGUGCACUUUCCAAAUCCUGUGUUGCUGUAGUUGUGGUAGUACAGCUAUGGGAAUUCAAUAAAGCUGUAAACAUGUCUCUAUCAGGA